AUGCUCAUCUCCGGCCUCCUUUUAGAUGAUAUCCGACAAGCAGCGAGAACCCUGGCCUACGACCUGAUGCUAUUCUACGAAGGGAACCGGACCGGCAUGAUUCCCGGCAUUUUACCCGGUCCGCCCGACGACGGUCUCGGCGAUUACUAUUGGUGGCAGGGUGGUGCCAUGAUGGGCACCUAUAUCGACUACUGGCAUUACACCCGCGACCCGAGCUACAACGACGUCGUUCAACAGGGCAUGGUCCACCAGGUCGGCCACGACCGUGACUACCAGCCCCGCAACUUCACCGCCUCGCUUGGAAACGACGACCAGGGUUUCUGGGGCAUGAGCGCCAUGCUGGCCGCCGAGACGCGCUUUCCCGAUCCUCCCGAGGACCAGCCGCAGUGGCUCGCGCUAGCCCAGGCCGUCUGGACCACGCAAGCCAGCCCGGAGCGCCACGACGAAUAUUGCAACGGCGGUAUGCGCUGGCAGGUCCCCCUCACAAACCAAGGCUAUAAUUACAAGAAUACCAUCGCGAACGGCUGCUUCUUCAACCUCGGCGCCCGCCUCGCUCGCUAUACUGGAAACGACACGUACCUCGAGUAUGCCGAGAGGACCUGGGACUGGCUCUGGGCCGUGGACUACAUUGACCACGAAAACUGGCGCGUUUACGACGGUGCCCACAUUGAGCAUAACUGCACCGAUUUGAACAAGGCCACCUUUUCCUACAACAUCGCCGUCCUCAUGCAGGGUGCCGCUUUCAUCUAUAACCACACCGAGGACCCGAAGUGGCUCGACCGAACCGAGAGGCUUGCCGAGCGCUGUCUCCGCGAUUUCUUUCCCGAUGGCGUCGCUUACGAAAUCCCCUGCGAGUUCCGCCGUGGCCAAUGCAGCACGGACAUGUUGACCUUCAAAGGCUACGUGCACCGCUGGCUGACCGUCGUCGCCCAGCUCGUCCCUUCGCUCAGCGACACCAUCUUACCCGUUCUACGCACCUCCGCCGAGGCUGCCGUCCGCCAGUGCUCCGGCGGCGAGACCGGUCGCGUGUGCGGAUUCUACUGGAGCUCCGGCGAGUUUGUCGACCCCGCCGUAGACAGCACCACCGGCGCUGGCGAGGCCAUGAACGUCCUCGCCGCCGUCUCGUCGCUCCUUGUCCACGGUGCUGAGCCGCCCGUCACCAACUUGACCGGUGGCACCUCCCGUGGCGACCCGAAUGCUGGCCUGAACAGUGAUAUUUACCGCAAAUAUGAUCCACUCACCACUGCCGACCGCGCCGGCGCCGGCAUCAUUACCUUCCUCGUUCUUGCUGGUGGUCUGGCCACCUGGGGCUGGAUGAGCACUGGCGAUUAA